UUUAGUGUCUUGCUUUUCAUUCAGGCUAUCUUCACUUCCAAGCAGCUGUUCAACACCUGUGCAACAUCUCCUGAUUCAAAUGGAAUAGAAGGUCAGAGUUAUAAGAGUGUGGUGACCCCCAAACGUGCAGGGGUUGCUAUUGGAUGCUGCUGGCUGAUCUCCUUCCUUGUGGGGCUCACUCCGAUGUUUGGCUGGAACAAACUGAAGGAACAGCAAGAGUCAAACUCCAGCCAACCAGAUACUGUGGUUUGCCAAUUUGAAAAUGUCAUCAGCAUGGAGUACAUGGUGUAUUUCAACUUCUUCGUGUGGGUAUUGCCUCCACUGGUCUUUAUGCUCAUCAUCUACCUGGAGGUCUUCAAAAUUAUUCGUAAGCAGCUCAACAAAAAGGUUGGAUCCAACUCAGCAUACCCAGAAAAAUAUUAUGGGAAGGAACUGCAAAUCGCCAAGUCUCUUGCCUUGGUGCUAUUCCUUUUUGCUCUCAGCUGGCUCCCUCUGCACACUUGUAACUGUAUCCACCUGUUCUGCUCCACAUGCGAGACCCCGAGCGCCCUCACCUCUAUUGCUGUAUUUAUGACUCAUGGAAAUUCAGCCAUGAACCCUAUUGUUUAUGCAUUUAGGAUUAAAAAAUUCAGGACCACAUUCCUGCAAAUCUGGAACCAGUAUUUUUAUUGCAAAGUGGACAAGAAUGCAAAUAAUAUUGUUAACACUGACAUUGCUAUUUAGGAGUUAUGGACUGGGGUGUUUGGGGCCGCAGCCUUCAUACUGUACAGGAGGAUCUAUAAACAUUCCUUUCAUUGUCCAAGUGACCUGGGUGGAGCAGGCAAAGCUCAGAGGCACCCACAAAUACUAUUUAUUACUUCUACUAGUAAUAUUCACUGUACCACUUGGUAUUCUAUGACCUGUUCUUAAAUUGACACAUAUUUACACAUUUAAAGGGAAAUUAUACCAACAAAAAGAUGUGACAUAUCUUUCAUUCCAAUAAAGAGGAAAUGAAUCUCA